AAAAAGACAUUGCAUUGAUUCAUGAAAUAUAUUUGUGUGUUAUUGGAUUUGAGAAAGUAAGAUGCCGUCACGAGGAGACAUAAACUUGAGAGAUACUCCUAAAGUACACGAGAAGAUAAAACAUCGACAGGACAUGGGAAAAAUAUUCUUCUCUUUUGAAUAUUUUCCUCCCAAAACUCCAUCCGGUGUAGAUAACCUUUAUGAUCGAAUUGACCGCAUGUCUCGAGUAGAACCACUAUUUGUCGACGUGACUUGGGGUGCAGGUGGUUCAACAUCUGACUUGACACUGGAAAUCAGCGGUAACAUUCAGCGCUAUUUCGGUUUAGAUGUUUGUAUGCACUUGACCUGCACAAAUAUGCCUUCAGGGAAAGUGGAUGACGCACUCAAUGCUGCGAAAGAAAGAGGAAUACGAAAUAUUGUUGCUUUACGAGGGGAUCCUCCAAAAGGAGAGGAAUGGCAUAGCAUCGAAGGAGGAUUUGAACACGCUGUAGACCUUGUAAGACAUAUACGUAAGAGUUUUGGAGAACACUUUAGUAUAUGUGUUGCUGGAUAUCCAGAAGGUCACCCUGCUGGCUUACUUGAAGGCAACUUGACCUACGAGCAGGAGUUGCAUUUCUUGAAAGAGAAAGUGGAAGCAGGAGGUAACUUUAUCAUCACGCAGAUGUUCUAUGAUACAGAUAGAUUUCUGCAGUUUGUUAAAGACUGUCGUAGUAUCGGUAUUGAGGUACCUAUCAUUCCUGGAAUAUUGCCUAUCCAGAACUACAAUGGUUUUGAAAGAAUGACAAAAUUCUGUAAGACUCAUGUGCCGGACGAAGUUUUGAAAGCAUUACAGCCUAUCAAGGAUGAUGAUGCAGCUGUAAAAGAGUUUGGUAUUCGACUGGGAAUAGAUAUGUGUCGAAGGAUACUGCACAGUGGUCUUGUACCUGGUAUUCAUUUUUACACGUUAAAUCUUGAAAAGGCUGUUAUGUCCAUUAUUGAAGGCCUAGAUAUGAUUCCUAAGAAUCAAUCCAUUCGUUCUUUACCAUGGAGACCUGCUACUAUUGAUCGUCGUAGACAUGAAGAUGUUCGACCAAUCUUUUGGUCCAACCGUCCAAAGUCGUAUAUUUCAAGAACGGAAGGUUGGGAUGAGUUUCCAAAUGGUCGCUGGGGUGACAAUCGUUCACCUGCUUUUGGAGAACUUACGGAGCACCAUCUGUUGGGAAGCGGCGGUUUUCGUUCCAAAGAGGAAAAGGAAGCCUUGCAUAGGGCCUAUGGAGAGUUGAAAAAUUUUUCGGACGUUUCCAAUAUAUUUCUUCGAUACCUGAGUGGUGAAGUAAGUCGACUUUUAUGGAGUGAAUCGGAUGGUUUGGCAAAGGAAACUAUGAUAAUUAUGGAACCGCUGAAAUGGUUGAACAAGCACGGAUUAUUUACUAUUAAUUCUCAACCACGAGUCAAUGGAGUUCCUUCUAGCGAUAUUGUAUUUGGAUGGGGAGGACCAGGAGGUUAUGUUUAUCAAAAAGCAUAUAUUGAGUUCUUUGCUAAGAGAGAGGUAGUUGAAGCUCUGAUAGAAGCCUCCAAGUCGUAUCCUUUGAUUACAAUAUUUGCUGUUAGUUCUAAAGACAGCGAAUUAUUAACCAAUACCAAAAAUUUGUCCAGUGCUAAUGCUGUAACAUGGGGUGUGUUUCCUGACAGGGAAAUCAUACAACCAACUGUUGUUGAUCCUUACAGUUUUUUGGUAUGGAAAGAAGAAGCAUUUUCAAUAUGGACAGAAUUGUGGGGUCGACUUUAUGAGAAAGAUUCCACAAGUCAGCAAAUUUUACGUCAUAUUCACGACAACUUUAUGUUGGUAAAUGUGGUUGAUAACGACUACGUUGCCGGAGAUAUCUUCCGCCUGUUUGACGAUGUUGUUCCAAAGUUUAGUCUUCAUGAUACUGAACUAGUAGCAAAUCAUGUUUCUUAACUAUGUGCUGUGUUUGGUUAUAAAAGUAUGAUUGUUUGUCUUGGAGAGAACAACUGCCCCGUUAGACUGGAAUAGAAUCGUUGAAUCAAAUGCUUAAUAGAUAAAUACAUUUCGUUUCUC